CUCACUCUCACCUUCUCUCUCUUCUGCUGCAACUUAGCCUUAAAGAAGAAGAAACAAUCUCUCCCUCUGUCUCCUUUGUGCCUUCCUUUGAGGAAUGAUAUCAUUAUCAUUAGAGCCUCAAAAAGAGGAAGAUGGACCAAAAAAAGCGAAGGGAACCAAAUGUUCUUUGCUUUCGUUUCAUUGCCAUGUGAGAGCUCUUACACACUCUUUUCCCUAGUGCUUGUUUUGGUGGUUUCAAUUGACUCACCAACUCAGUGAGUGAACUCAAUGGCCUCGUCCUCAAGAGCAAGAAGCAGCUCGCCGUUUUCUCAUCGGAAACCCUCCACUUCAUCUUCUACGUUCAUGAGCGGAAGGCUGAUGCCUCGCUCGUGCUCUUCUACUGCGUCGUCGUUUUUCAACUCCGGUGGUGGACUCAGUGGCCGAUCCAUGACUUCAAGUCUUGGUCGUGGUGAGUUAUUGCAUUGCGGUCCUCCCGGUUAUGGCAGUCGUUCCCCUGUAGAAUUUGGGUCGGAAGAGUUGAUUGCCGACCCCCUGGAUGUACGGCGGACCCGGGAUAGCAUAUCGGUGACUAUUCGAUUUAGGCCAUUGAGUGAGAGGGAGUAUCAGAAAGGCGAUGAGAUUGCAUGGUAUGCGGAUGGUGAAAAGAUUGUCAGAAAUGAAUAUAAUCCAGCCACUGCUUAUGCAUUUGACAGAGUUUUUGGACCCCAUUCAACUUCAGACGAAGUGUAUGACGUAGCGGCUAAACCCGUAGUGAAGGCUGCCAUGGAAGGCAUCAACGGGACUGUGUUUGCUUACGGUGUGACGAGUAGUGGAAAGACACAUACUAUGCAUGGGGACCAAAAUUGUCCUGGUAUCAUACCGCUGGCUAUUAAAGAUGUUUUCAGCAUUAUCCAAGACACUCCAGGAAGAGAGUUUUUACUUCGAGUGUCAUAUCUUGAAAUCUACAACGAGGUGAUUAAUGACUUGCUUGAUCCAACCGGCCAAAAUUUGCGAGUGAGAGAAGAUGCACAGGGAACUUAUGUCGAGGGUAUAAAAGAAGAAGUUGUUUUGUCCCCUGGACAUGCGCUUUCCUUUAUCGCAGCUGGAGAAGAGCAUCGUCAUGUUGGAUCAAACAAUUUUAAUCUUCUGAGUAGCCGAAGUCACACGAUUUUUACACUGAUGAUUGAAAGCAGUACUCAUGGUGAAGAUUAUGAUGGAGUGAUCUUCUCUCAGCUUAACUUGAUUGAUCUGGCUGGAUCUGAGAGUUCAAAAGCUGAAACAACAGGACUCAGAAGAAAAGAAGGAUCUUAUAUCAACAAAAGUCUUUUGACACUUGGAACUGUUAUUGGAAAACUGAGUGAGGGGAAGGCAUCUCAUGUUCCAUAUCGAGAUUCAAAGCUUACCCGCCUCCUCCAGUCUUCGCUUAGUGGGCAUGGCCAUGUUUCGCUUAUCUGCACAGUCACUCCAGCAUCCAGUAAUAUGGAGGAAACUCACAAUACGUUGAAGUUUGCUAGUAGGGCAAAACGAGUUGAAAUAUAUGCUUCGCGCAAUAAGAUUAUUGAUGAAAAAUCUCUUAUUAAGAAGUACCAAAGAGAAAUUUCAAGCCUGAAAGAGGAACUUGAUCAACUGAAGAAGGGAAUGUUGGCUGGUGUCAGUCAUGAGGAGAUAAUGAGUUUAAAGCAGAAGUUGGAAGAAGGUCAAGUGAAAAUGCAAUCAAGAUUGGAGGAAGAGGAGGAUGCCAAGGUUGCACUUAUGAGUAGGAUCCAAAGGCUCACAAAGCUCAUUCUUGUUUCUUCAAAGAAUACAAUUCCGGGAAUUCUAACUGAUACUCCCAGCCACCAACGAAUUCACUCAGUUGGUGAGGAGGAUAAAUAUGAUGCCAUACGUCAUGAUUCCCUGUUGACUGAUAGUGAGAAUAAAAAAGAUGCUUCUUUGAUAUCAUCGGAUCUGUCUAAUGAUGCAAGACAUAGAAGCUCGUUAAGUAAAUGGAAUGAAGAACUCUCCCCAACAAGCAGUACAAUCACUGAAUCAACACAAGCUGGUGAGCUGAUCAAUGGAACAAAGCUUCCAACGGGAGGGAUGGCAAUAUCUGAUCAAAUGGAUCUUCUUGUCGAACAAGUCAAGAUGCUUGCUGGAGAUAUUGCUUUUAGUACCAGUACUCUGAAGCGCUUGAUGGAGCAGUCUGCGAAUGAUCCUGAAAGCUGCAAAACUCAGAUUCAGAACUUGGAACAUGAGAUCCAAGAGAAAAACAAACAAAUGAGGGCUUUAGAGCAAAGAAUUAUUGAGAGCGGUGAAGCUUCAAUAGCUAACACAUCAUUAGUUGAGAUGCAGCAGACGGUUACAAGAUUAAUGACUCAGUAUAAUGAAAAGGCCUUCGAGCUGGAGAUAAAAUCAGCAGACAAUCGUGUCCUCCAGGAACAACUCGAUAAUAAGUGUUCGGAGAACAAAGAAUUACAAGAAAAAGUGAAGCAGUUGGAGCUGCAACUGGAAGCAGUUUCCAAUGGCAGUUGGUUAGUAUCUUCGGAACAUUCGGUAGCUGGGGAGGACAUUGAUGAGAUGAAAAAGAAAAUCCAGUUUCAGGAGAUUGAAAAUGAAAAACUAAAGCUAGAGCAAGUUCAACUCUCUGAGGAGAAUAGUGGGUUGCUUGUGCAGAAUCAGAAGCUGGCUGAAGAAGCUUCUUAUGCAAAAGAACUGGCCUCUGCUGCUGCAGUGGAAUUAAAGAAUUUGGCUGGUGAAGUAACAAAACUUUCAUUGCAGAACGCGAAACUGGAGAAGGAAUUGAUUGCUGCUCAAGACCUGGCUAACGCUCGGAAUUCGAGUUUGCAAACUUCUAAUGGCCUUAACCGCAAGUAUAAUGAUGCUAGAUCUGGAAGGAAGGGUAGGACUUCCAGCCGUGCUAAUGAAUUUUCAGCUGUUUUAGAUGACUUUGAAGCACGGAGUCUUGAAGCAGAAGAUAUGAAGAUGGAACUACAGGCUAGGAAACAACGAGAGGCGGCUCUUGAGGCUGCAUUAGCUGAGAAAGAAUUUUUGGAAGAGGAGUACAGAAAAAAAGCUGAAGAGGCAAAGAAAAGAGAAGCGGCCUUGGAAAAUGAUUUGGCAAAUAUGUGGGUUCUUGUUGCAAGGUUAAAGAAAGAAGGAGGUUCCGUCCCAGAAUCAAACAUUGAUCAACAAAAUGGCGACGGCACAGGAAACAUAAUUGAUGGUCCAAAAAAUAACGAUAUUGGAAGUAAUAGUGCCCACCGAGAGCAGGUUUCGGAUGUGCUGAAAUCAGAAGAUGUUCCUAAGGAUGAAUCCCUGGUGGUUCGUCUUAAGGCACGCAUGCAAGAGAUGAAAGAAAACGAAAACUACUUUGGGAAUGGAGACGCCACCAGUUCCCAUGUUUGUAAAGUAUGCUUUGAAUCGCCAACAGCAGCAAUUCUUCUCCCAUGCCGGCACUUUUGUUUGUGUGAAUCGUGCUCACUUGCUUGUUCUGAGUGCCCAAUAUGCCGGACAAAUAUUGAUGAUAGACUCUUUGCUUUUACUUCUUGAUCCUGUCAAAAGGGUUCUCUCACUGAAAAAAAAAAAUUAUAUAGCCUUUGCAAUUGCAGGUGUGAUUCUUUCAUUAAUCUCGCUGUGUGUAAAACCGUUCAAAAGGUAUUUCAAUAUCUUAUUACCUUUUAGUCUACCCAUGGGAAACUGUAUAGAUAGUGGGGAGAGGCGGGUGGAAAUAAAAGAAUAUAAAAAUGUAAAAAGAAAGGGCUUCAAUGACACUGCUGUAAUACAUACCCGUAAAGUAAUUUCUUAAUACAGCAGAAUUUUGUCUUUCA